AAAAACAAUAUCAACAACGACAAAAACAACAAACUCACCAAAGAUUCUAAAUAUGAGAGUCUUGACCGGAAGUACCCAGUGCCGAACUUCCGGAACACGGAGGCCAUCUACCGCGGAAAAUCAAACUCUGAAUUGUUGAGGACGAUGUUGGUGUUUGGCUUGUGCUCCAUUGACUAUCUCGUUGACAAUCAAACGAAGAUCUUGAAACUUACACGGAACAUUUUCGGCAAGAAAUUAUUUGCUCUUCUGAUGGAGUGGACAUUUUUUGGGCAGUUCAUGGUAAGAGAGGAGGAAGGAAAAAUUUUGGAGGGGCUCAGGAAACUGAACGAGAGAGGAAUCUCCCCGAUGUUGGCCUAUACCGCACCCGAGUUGCAUGGAUCAGUUGAUGGCGAUGGAGCAUCUAACGAACCAGCAAAAGAGCAGUGGUACUUGAAUAACUUCAACUCCGUACUUAAGAGUUUCCAUAUAGCUGCAAAGUGCUAUUCUUUCACGAAAACGCGGCCUAUCAUUACGACCAAAGUGACGUUCUUCGUCGAUCACUCACUGCUGGUGCUACUGAGCUCCGUCAUCCAACAGCAGAAUGCACUCCUACUUCACAACAACCAACUCGUCGACAGUUUCAUUUCAAAAAAUCCUACAUGGAAUACAAGAAGUAAGGAAAGCUUAAAAAAUGACCUAAUUUUCCAUGUGGAGCUGAAUAAAAUGAUUCACUCUGAGAGAUACGAAAACCAUAGUCCGACGAAAGAGAAUGAAGAUGUCGUAAAACUGCAAGAUGCUCACUUGAAUCUUUUUGAAAAACUUCGCGGAAGGAUGGACAAGCUUUGUUUGACAGCCCAACAAACCAAUCUCUCGCUAAAUUUCGACGCCGAGCAAACCUACCUGCAAACGGCCAUAGAGAUGCUGUGCAUACACUUCCAGAGAUUGUACAACGAGUGCGCGCCUGUUGUACUCAACACCUACCAGUGCUACUUGAAGCGCACUGGUGACGUCAUAGAGAAUCACGUGACUCUCGCGAAACAAGAUGGCUUCUGUUUUGGCGGGAAAAUUGUAAGGGGGGCCUACAUUGACGAGGAGCGCCGGCUGGCAAAGGAGAAGCAAACAGUCGACCCGGUGAACCCGACGUACGCUGCCACCACCUCCAUGUAUCAGAGGGUUAGCGAGUUUUUAAUAAACCAGGUCAAGUGUCAAGGUGAAGGUCGAAUGAGGGUCAUAUUUGCUACUCACAAUGAAGACAGCGUCACAGACGUUCUUAACAGGCUUCGUGAGAAGGAGAUCAACAUGGAUGUUGGUGAUGUUUCAUUCGCACAACUCUAUGGAACGAGGGAUUUCAUCUCUUAUACACUAGGAUCGCUGGGCUACCCGGUAUCAAAGAUGGUUCACUACUCCAAUCCAGUAGACGGUCUGGCCUACCUCUCCAGGCGCUUGACUGAGAACAGGUCUGGUCUGGCGAGUCCUGAGAUUGAAAGGAGACUGCCGGUCGUCGAGUUGAAGAGGAGAUUAUUUGAAAGAAGAAAAAACAUUUGAUACCGAUCUAUUAAUUUAAUCAUAAUAAUUUAUUAAUAUUUGUCGUUUUUUGUUCAUUAAAACGAAAUAAAAAUUUUAUACUGCAAUUUAAAUAAAUAUGAGAUGGCUUUUU